AUGGCUGAACUCCAAAAGAUUAAAGUUACUAACCCCGUUACUGAAUUAGACGGUGAUGAAAUGACCAGAGUUAUCUGGUAACUCAUCAAGGAUAAGCUCAUUUUACCUUAUCUUGACUUGAACAUCAAGUACUUCGAUUUAGGUAUGGAAUACAGAGACUAAACUGACGAUAAGGUCACCCUUGAUGCUGCUUAAUCUAUUGUUGAAACCAAGGUAGGUAUCAAGUGUGCCACCAUCACCCCUGAUGAAGCCAGAGUCAAGGAAUUCAAUCUUAAGAAGAUGUGGAAAUCCCCCAACGGUACCAUCAGAAAUCACAUCGGAGGUACUGUCUUCAGAGAACCCAUUCUCAUGAAGAACGUCCCUAGACUUGUUCCUGCUUGGACUAAGCCCAUCGUUAUCGGAAGACACGCUUUCGGUGAUCAAUACAGAGCCACUGACUUCAAGGUUGAAGAAGCUGGUACUUUUGAAAUUGUCUUCACCCCCAAGAAUGGUGGUGAAAAGAAGGUCAUGAAGGUCUUCGAUUACCCUGCUGGUGGUGUUGGUAUGGGUAUGUACAACACUGAUGAAUCUAUUACUGAAUUCGCCCACUCCAGUUUCAAGUACGCUCUCGAUAGAAAGAUGCCCCUUUACUUAUCUACCAAGAACACUAUCUUGAAGGCUUACGAUGGUAAGUUCAAGGAUAUCUUCUAAGCUAUCUAUGACAAGUAAUACAAGGAAGAAUUCACCAAGGCUGGUAUCUGGUAUGAACACAGACUUAUUGACGAUAUGGUCGCCUAUAUGAUGAAGUCUGAAGGUGGUUUCAUGUGGGCUUGCAAGAAUUACGAUGGUGAUGUCCAAUCUGACUGUCUUGCUUAAGGUUUUGGUUCUCUUGGUUUAAUGACCUCUGUCUUGGUUGGUCCUAACGAUAUUAUUGAAGCUGAAGCUGCUCACGGUACCGUUACCCGUCACUUCAGAUAACACCAAAAGGGUCAAGAAACCUCCACUAACUCUAUUGCCUCCAUCUUCGCUUGGACCUAAGGUUUAUUACACAGAGCUAAGCUUGAUAACAACAAGGAAUUAGACCUCUUCUGCAAGACCCUUGAAAGCUCAGUUAUUGAAACUGUUGAAACUGGUUUCAUGACUAAGGAUCUCGCUAUUUGCAUCCAAGGAAGCAAUGAUGUACCCAGAAGCAAAUAUCUUACUACCCAAGAAUUCAUUGACAAGGUUGCUGAAACCCUCAGAAAGAACCUCGUUGCUGCUAAAUCUAACCUCUGA